AAAAUAUUAUUAUUUGUUGAAGAGUGAACAUAAAAAAGAAAAAUUCCUUCAUCUCUUAUGCACAAUAAAUUGUUCAAUUGAAUUUAACUUAACGCAAAAAUGAAUUUCUCAAAACUAUUCGUAUUAGUCGUUCUGAUUCUGGCUCUUAGUAUGGGCCAAAGUGAAGCUGGCUUUUUAAAAAAAAUCGGUAAAAAAAUUGAACGAGCCGGUCAACGAGUUCGAGAUGGUGCAGUUAAAGGAAUCGGAGUGGCCCAACAGGCGGCUAAUGUAGUCGCCACAGUGCAGCAAGGAUAACAAUGAAUACGAUCAAUGCGGUUCAGUUAUAAGAAACUGAAUACGAGAAACCAAAGACAGUGCAUAGAUGUUGGAAUUCUUUUUUACAACAACUUAGAAAUAAUUUAGUUAUUAUAAGGAUAUUUGUUCAAUAAGAACUCUUUGUUAUAAUAUAUAAAGAAAAGAA